CCAAAUGGAUGCGCGCGGCGUGCGGCUGAGAGCGUGUUGUAGAGUGGUGUGAUCACUAGAGUGUUGUGAUCCUCUUUAGUGUUGCAAACAUCUAGCCAUGCCUUCUGCGGAGGCUAAAAGGUACCAAGUUCCCACUGGCUUCUCUGCUACCACUGAUGGCGUUGCUCUGCCAGCAGAGGAAAUUUCGGCAGACGAGCACCGCCUAUGGCUCAUCCAGACUCCAAAUGAUGUUAACAUUUCGAACCUGGAUGGAGUGAAGAUUUCACUCCGAGGUGGUGACCAUGCUGUGCUUCAAAUUGGAGAGAAUAGUUAUGAAUUCACCAGGAAGGAACAUCAGAGGGACACUCAGCAGUUGUCUGUUUUGUUACAAGAGGAAGCAGGCGAACAGCUAACGCUUGCUUCAGGUCUCUUUUCUGGCAUGGCUACUCUCACAAAGAAAGCAGUGUGUCCAGAUAAACCGCAGGCUGCAAGCCCUUCAAAGCGGCCACGGCUGGAUUACUCGGCCCAUGAGACUGCCCGACAACGUUUUAUGCCAUUCGGGUCAGAUAAUGUGGUGACUGUCAGCAAACGACACAAGGACAAGGUGGAGAAGGUGAAGAAAAGCAAGAAGUCCAAGAAGUGAUCUGCUUUCUGUGGGGAAAAUGCUCUAGACACAGUUUUGGAGGAUAUCCAGACCACGUGCUUCGAUGGUGACAUUGUACAGUGAGGGUCUGGCAAUGGAAAAGCAGCAACAAUCUUGGCUCCAUAAGAUGCUGCAGUGUGAAAGAAAACUGUAAAUAUGCUGGAA